AUGGCGAAUUUUUUGAAAUUCUCGUCUUCAGAUAUCGACAACGCCACCAUCACCGCAACUUUCACACCGAGACGUGGAAUCUUUUCUCCAUUAACCGUGAUGUAUCCUUUCACUGGUAUCAAAAUCAAUAUUGGAUGUGACACGCAGUACUACGGUGACCAAUGCAAUGUGUUCUGCUGUUCCGAGACAGCGAGUCGAGUUGGGAAAGAGUGUAAUUCCCUGGGACAAUUAGGUUGCCCAGUUGGAAAAAAAGGCUUGGAUUGCAAACAAUCAAUCAGUAAGAAGUGGGGUAAAUGCAAAAACAAGGGAUCAUGUAUCUCGUCAUUCGGGAAGAACCUCCACGAGAGAAUUCAGUGUUCGUGUCCAGUCGGAUUUACGGGAAUCCAAUGCGAGAAAGAGGUGCCUAGUGUCGAAAUGAUGUCGGUGUAUGGAGUGGAUCCGAAAAAGUUUGAAAUUGGAACUGCAAAGAUGUUGUAUGAAAGUGUUGUGGAUAAUGAGAUGGUUGAGGUCUCUGACCAAAUCAUUCGUACUGCUGAAGCACCGAAAGAAGACAAACUUGUCAUUCAUUUCGCCAAUGGACCAGCUGAUGCAACUGAUGCUCAGGCUGCGUUUUCUUCACUCACUUCUGCUGGAACUGUCAUCAUUCCAAUGUCGGCAACUUUAUAG